CAUCGAUCUCUCAAAUUCUUAGCAACUUCUACUCUUACAAAAAUACAGCUAGCUAAAUUAAUUCAAGCUAGCUUUUGCCAUGGCGAAACAAUCUCUGUUAUUGAGCACAUUGGCUCUCAGUUUCUGCUGCAUUGCAUUUGCAUUUGAGCCUAGCCCAUUACAAGAUUUCUGUGUUGCAGAUGCCUUAAACUCAGCAAGAGUGAAUGGGCUGGUCUGCAAGAGCCCUGCAUCAGUCCAAGCCAGCGACUUCUCCUUCAGUGGGCUCCACAUGCCAGCCGACACGAAGAACCCCUUUGGCGCCACGGUCACCCCAGUGACAGUGGCCCAGCUGCCCGGGCUCAACACUCUAGGUAUUGCGUUGGCCCGGAUCGACUACGCCCCCAAUGGGGUCAUCGCCCCCCACUUUCACCCCAGAGCCUCCGAGAUCCUCACGGUACUCGAGGGCUCCCUCGAGGUUGGGUUCGUGGGGUCGAACCCGGAGAAUAGGCAGAUCAUGAAGACCCUCCACAAGGGUGAUGUGUUUGUUUUCCCAGUUGGGCUGCUGCAUUAUCAGCGCAAUGUUGGGAAUGGAUAUGCAGUUUCUAUCUCUGGAUUGAGCAGCCAAAAUCCUGGUGUUAUAACUGCCACAAAUGCUAUUUUUGGGUCAAAACCAGAUAUCUCUAGUGAUGUUCUUGCUAAAUCUUUUCAGGUUGAUGAGAGCAUUGUGGAACAACUCCAAGGAAAGUUCUAGAACAACAUCUAUGAAUUAUCUUGAUUAUUAUCAAAGCAUUAGUUUGUCAAAUUAGCUCAAUGUUAUAGAGUUUGAAUUUCAUGUUUUAUGCUUUCUAGUUUUUCUUUUGUUGUUUCAAUUUUCAAUUCCGUUAUAUAGUUGAGAUCGAUGUUUUAUUCCAAAAGACGAUAGUAUUGGUCUUAUAUUUACUUCCAACAAUAUUACAAGCU